GUCAGCAGCAGCUGCUAAAAAUCGAAGACACCGCCUGUCUUCCCUGCCCCUGAUUAAUAAACAAAGCUUCUGUUUUUCAAUCUCUGAAAAAUUCACAAAUUAAAAAACAAAAACGAAAGAGAGAGUGAAAGACGAUGACGAGAAGGCAGAUCUAUGUAGUGGGGAUUUUAUUAUUAAUGAACCUGAUAGGGCGCAUAUCUUCGCUAUCCGUAACAGUAAACGACGUCGAAUGCGUGUACGAAUACGUACUAUACGAAGGCGAUACCGUUUCAGGAAACUUCGUCGUUGUCGACCACGAUAUCUUCUGGAGCUCCGAUCACCCCGGUAUUGAUCUCACCGUGACAUCUCCUGCAGAUAAUGUAGUGCACACUGUUAAGGGAACAUCAGGGGACAAGUUUGAGUUUAAGGCCCCCAGAAGUGGAAUGUAUAAAUUCUGUUUUCACAAUCCCUACUCAACACCAGAGACUGUUUCUUUCUAUAUUCAUGUGGGCCAUAUUCCCAAUGCACAUGAUCUUGCAAAAGAUGAGCAUUUGAAUCCCAUUAAUGUUAAAAUUGCUGAGCUUAGAGAGGCAUUGGAGUCUGUUACAGCAGAGCAAAAGUAUUUAAAAGCACGCGAUGCUCGACAUCGCCGCACUAAUGAGAGUACAAGGAAGCGUGUUAUUGGCUACACAGUUGGAGAAUACAUUUUGUUGGGUCUUGUCAGCACACUUCAGGUGGUAUAUAUUCGGCGCCUCUUCAGCAAGUCGGUGGCAUACAACCGGGUCUGAGCCACCCGAUUGUUUGUUAAUUAAUGAUAGGGUGAAUUUUUUAGAUGAGUUCAGAGGAAUGCGUGUUGCAAAUAUAGACAUGUUAUGUUGUUCUAUACUGUUCAAUUUGUUCAUUUCAACUAUGAAUUAAGUUUUGAACAUAAAGAUCUAGUGACUACUUUCAUCUUCA